AUGAGUUUAACAGCGAAUAGAGACAAUAAUGAAAGUGGAAUGCGAAUACGUCAAUUUUUUAACCCGAUGGAAAUUCAAUCCAUAGAUCCUCUAUGGUCAAAAUCGUUGAAACCUGGUAUCGAGAAACUAUUAUCAGGUUUUUAUAACGAGCCCAAUUUUGAAGAGUUGUACCGAGCUGCUUACACAGUGGUACUCUUUAAACAUGGCCAAGCACUCUAUGAGAAAACUCGGCAAUUAAUUCGUGAACAUCUCGAUAAAAAGGUAAGACGAAGGCUUUUUGGAUUAUCUUCAACAGAAUUCUUGGUUACACUCAAACAAGCAUGGGAUAGUUAUGAAAAAAGCAUGGAUAUGAUUCGUUGCAUCCUUAUGUACAUGGAUCGACACUAUGUUCCAGCACAAAAUCUUGGAUCUGUCUAUGAUUUAGGUUUAAGCUUAUUUCGAGAAAGCAUUCUAUUUUGGACAACACGACAAUAUUUCACAAACGCAUUAUUAGAGACGAUGGCUCGCGAACAACGUGGUGAAAACAUAGACAGACAAGUUAUCGAAGAUAUUUCUCUUAUGUUAACAAGAUUAAACAUUAAUGAAGGUGAUUUCUGUGAUGAAGAUCUCCAGAAAUCGUGUUUCCAGUACUUUUUUUAA